UGUGUGAAAGUCUGAAGAAAAAUCCCUUGGCUUCCCCUUCCAUAGAUCUGCUGCUGCUUGUGCUGCCUUUGAGGUUCCUCCUUAUUGGCCAUCUCUACGAUCUCCGCCUUCUCCACCGGCGGCUCCUCCUCCUCCUCCUCUUUUCUUCUUCUUCCCGGAUUCUCUAAUCCACAAUUCAUCCCAUCCUUUCUAACAACCUUAGCAGAUUCCUCAAUUACUCCUUAGGGUUUUCCCCUUACUUUUUUUUUUCCUCCUCCUUGAUCUGCCCACUCUCCUACUUACGCUACUGCUCUUUACGAUUUCGGGAUUUGCAUGCGUUCCUCGGUGAACUGAGCUUUACUUUUCGAGCACCCUUAUUUUUACUGUUGUGAAAAUGGCAGCUUAUUCUGGAUCUGUCAGCGCUGUCCAGGUUGGGUCCUACUUUGUGGAACAGUACUACCAUGUUCUUCGGCAGCAGCCUGACCUUGUUCACCAGUUUUACUCCGAAGCUAGCUCCAUGAUUCGGGUUGAUGGGGAUUCCUCCGAGACUGCUUCCACAAUGCUGCAAAUACAUACGCUUAUCAUGUCGCUAAAUUUCACUGCAUUUUCGAUCAAGACAAUCAACUCUAUGGAUUCUUGGAAUGGAGGUAUUCUAGUAGUGGUUUCAGGUUCUGCAAAGUCAAAGGAGUUCAGUGGGAUCAGGAAGUUUGUGCAGACCUUUUUUCUCGCUCCUCAAGAGAAGGGUUACUUUGUUCUUAAUGAUAUCUUUCAUUUCAUGGAUGAGGAGAUACUUCAGCAUAAUCCAAUGCCCGUACUAUCAGAAAAUCAAUUUGAAGCUGAACUAAAUGCUUCCAGCUCCAUUCCAGAUCCACCAGUUUCGGACUAUGUUUUGGAGGAAAGUGCCAGAGAAUAUGUGGACUCGGUUCACAUAGAAGACGAUCCAGUUGAUAAAUACAGCCUCCCUGAGCAACAGCAGCAGGAGGAAUUUGAAACUGAAGUUGUUGUGGAGGAGGCCCCUGUGGAGGAUUUGGUUACUUCACAUCAAAAUGUAGUUGACAGCGUGCAGGAGCCUCUUUCUGCAGUGAUUGAUGAACCCGUUGGGGAGCCAGAAAAGAGAACUUAUGCUUCCAUUUUGAGAGCUGCUAGAGCGGAAUCAGCACAAUCAGCUAUUCCCCAACCAUCAUUUUAUCCAAAUGCUGCAGCUACUUCUGACUGGAACCAUACUCCAGAACCUGCCCCUCAACAGAUAAACCCUGCACCAUCAUAUGUCCCUGAAUCUGGAGCAGAUACAAUUGAAGAAGGCUUCGGUGUAGAAGAUGAAGGUGAAAUAAAAUCCGUAUACGUUAGGAACUUGCCGCCUUCUGUCAACGAAGCUGAAAUAGAGCAAGAAUUUAAAGCCUUUGGUCGAAUUCAGCCUGAUGGUGUGUUCAUUAGGUCUCGGAAGGAAAUUGGAGUUUGUUAUGCUUUCGUUGAGUUUGAAGAUAUUAUUGGUGUUCAGAAUGCUCUAAAGGCAUCUCCAAUUCAUAUAGCUGGAAGGCAAGUCUAUAUAGAGGAACGGCGGCCAAACAGCAGCGGUACUCGGGGAGGAAGGAGGGGAAGAGGUAGAGGCAAUUACCAGUCAGAUGCCCCCAGAGGACGGUUUGGCUCUCGUAAUUUGGGCCGAGGAAGCAGCCAGGAUGGCAGUGACUACGGCAGGUUGAGAGGCAAUGGUUUCCCUCAGCGGGGCUAUCACAAGGUUCAAUAGUAUCAUCAAAUCAUCUACUUUGUGCAUAACCGUUAUGGAGAUGAAACUCUGGAAGAGUUUUGAUAUGAAGGUGGUUGGGUUCAGAGAAAGCAGUGUCUCCCCGUGUGAGUGGUUUAGAGAAAAUUGGUUUGUACUAGAUUGUGUUCUGAGCGUGAGUUGACGUUAAUUUGUGAGGAAUUAAUUUAAGAUAAGGUGGUGGUGAUUUUCCCCCUUGAUUGGUUUUUGAGAUGCAAUUGAAGGUGGGAAAUUUUGGUAUUUCAAGUACAAUCACUUGUUAGGCACAUUGCGAGGGAAAAGACUUCAGAGUUGAUGAUCCUUUUCAUUAAUCUUAAUCUUACAAGGAACUUGUUUGCUUUUGGCUA